UUCUCCUCAAUAUAAAGGCAACGCAGAAAAUCUGCUUGCAGACUGUACUGCAGAGUUCAUCCAGAGACAUUGAGCACUCUGGAAUUCACACGUUAUAUAAUGAAGGGCUUUUUGGCUUUCCUUCUUGCAAUGGGCAUCAUAGUGGCACUGGGCGAUGCCUACUGUUUUACGAAGACGAACACUGCAGGGGAAUCUGCCAAAGGUUGUAUCCUGGAUGGAAAAUUAUACCCCUUUGGAGAAAUAGAAAGGACAGAAAAUUGCUUCAGAUGUAGCUGCAGUCAAGAUGCGAUACGUUGCUGCAGCCUCUUUCAUACUCCUGUUGGUUUCGACAAAGAGAGAUGCAAAGUAGUUUUCAACAAGGAAAGCUGCAAUUACGACGUGGUGGAGAAGGAUGACCCCUCAAAGGAAUGUACUGUCUAUUCUCGUGUGGGUUAAUAGCAGACCUGCUCCAGACUAUGCAUUGCAGAAUUCAAUUCCUCCCUUUCCUACAGAAGCUUUGCCAUGAAAUAAGUGUUUUAACACAUGGGAGAUCUUUCAAGAGAAAGCACUUAAGCAGCUCGCUUUUAAUCUCCUAAUUYUUCUAAUUCAGAUUAUCAAUGUGUCAUUUCUGUGAUUACUGCCAUUUGCAUUGCUGAGCAU